CUUAAUAAUAGACACAAGUAAGUAGUAGGGUACUGCGUCUCGAAAAGUUACACUGAGAGGGCUCUCCUAGCACUACAACAACGGCCCACCGGCCACCAGGAUAAUCGGAAAAUGCCACGUCUAUGACGUCCUCAGGCGAUGUGGUGUUGGUGUGCGUGUAGAGUGGGAGGUAGCAGAGCGAGCUACAGACUGCACCAGUCAACCCGCUAACGUUCCACAUAUCACCUCAUAGCCACGCAUUUACGCCUUCAGCAAUGGGGUUUACCUCUCAGUAAAAUUAUGUUAAAGCUGGUAAAGAUAAUGAGGAUGAUGACGCCACUUUAAUUAUUCCGCAACGGACCGAUAAACAACAAGACCCUGAGGUUAUCGGCAACUCGGGUCUUCAUGUGUUGGAAGUUCGAUACCAUGGCGGAGUACAUACUGGGGCGGAGCACAAAGCGAACGGCGAAGUUGUGGGUGACGGGGGCAUGUUUAACACUGGUGUUGGUGAGUUUCUUAGGUACUCAUCGUCCCCCUUACCCAGCCACUCAGUACAGCAGUUUCUGGACCUCGUCCAUACAUCUGGUGAACGGCAGGUACCCUGGCAGGUACCUUCCCUUUCUGGUGUUCCCGGCGUUGGAGGAGAAGUUGAUGGGUGGCAACAUCCUAGCCGAGGCCCUGUCUGUGAAGGUACUGUUGAUGUCGGUGACGCCUCAUCACUCGUUCAACACUUCCCAAGAACUCAUCACUUACCUUCACAGAUCCCCGCCACAGUCGAAGCUACAAUUAAAACAGAAGGUUGAUAACAAGAAACUGUGGGGACCAAAGCUGGAAACUGUCAGCGACUACUUCAGGUACCUGAAGACACCUCAGAACUUAUGUCGCAAGCUGGUGAGACUGGGCGGGACAAUAUCGUGUAAGAAAGGGACUGGAGACGAGAACAACAUGGAUGGCCACAAGUACGUGUGUAUGGACCCGUCACUGGAGGUUGUUGGAGCCAGGGAUGCGCGCCAGUGCCUCACACUCUCGUUCGGCACUCAACGAGACACAUCCUUUGACGACGCCGCCUCCGAACUCCCCUGUGAGGUGCACAUGUUCGACGUACUCAACUUCGAUCCUUUGUUGCCGAAGGAGAGCGACCAUGUGUUCUUCCACGUUGAAGGGCUCUCGGGUCAGAAGAUCAGCGUCUUCUACAGCAAUAUCAACCAGUCGGUGAAAAUGGACACCCUCAGAGGCCACUACGAUAAGAACGGUUUCUUCCCGCGACCCAUACAUGUCCUCAAGGUGGAUAUAGAGCAGGACGAGUGGGAGAGCUUCAUCAACAUCGCCAAAGACCCACUGUUUGAUGCUGUCGGUCAGGUGGCACUGGAGGUGCACGUAGUAGACUUGGUGCACGGACCCAACAAGAACUCUCCUCCUGACAUACCCAGAGAGAAGUGGCUGGAGGCACUGCAGAAGCGAUACGACAUUCUUAGGAUGAUUGAGGCACGGGGGUUCCAGCGGGUGUUGUACUGGGACAACACUCAGGAAAAAUUCUCCCUCUACGACGAGAAUGGUACCCGGCACGAGACAGCAGGCGAGGUUCUGUACAUCAAUACAAACUGGUACAACACCACCUUCAAGCAAGACCUCGCUAGACAAGGCUAUAAAUUUCGUGGGGUCACGUGACGUUUCAGCUCGUUAGAAAACAAAGACAAAUUCACUGUGGGCGCUCACUGGGGAAAAAAAAUAAUACCCUGUGAAUUUUUACUUACUUAACAUGGACUACCUCCCAGGCUUUAAAAAUGAGCAGAAGAGGAUAGAGUAUAAUUAGGUAUUCGAAUCACCAGUGAUUCAUAAAAGGAAUAAAUAAGGGAUCCAUU